AACCAGACAACACGGAGCACACGAGACACCCUCAAAUAGUGGGAAGCGUGUGUCAUUGAGCAAAAGGCAAAGGUUGAAGCUCACCAUGCCUGUGGCCUCGACAAAGACGGAUCCUGUGCCCCAGGUCUUGGACAUGAUAAGUGACAGCACAACCAGUUCCACCACAGCCAAUGACCUGGACCUCAUCUAUCUUAAAGGCAUCAUGGAGAGCCCUCUGGAACAAGAAGAGAGCCUCAAAGAGCCAAGACUGUCACCAGUGAGGGAGAACAAUGUCGAGCUCCUGCAGGAGAUCCUCAGAGACCUCAAUCCUUUCACAAACACAUCUGACACUGCAGCCGAGCUUGCCCGCAUACUCACACAGCCCCACUUCCAGUCUUUACUUGAGACUCAUGAUUCAGUGGCAUCCCAGGCAUGUGAUAGCCCACCCCCCAGCCCAUGUGAUUGUGUCGAUCAUGAACUGGAGGAUGGCCCAAAGCACAACUUGCACCCACCACCUGACGCAGUGCGCAUGGUGGGCAUACGUAAAGUGGCAGGGGAACAUCUGGGUGUGACAUUUAAGGUGGAGGGUGGUGAACUGAUAAUUGCUCGCAUACUUCAUGGAGGAAUGAUAGACCAGCAAGGACUGCUGCAUGUAGGGGACAUAAUCAAAGAGGUAAACGGACGAGAUGUGGGCCAAGACCCUAGGGUGCUACAAGAGGAGCUACAAGCAGCCAGUGGAAGUGUGGUACUAAAGAUACUACCCAGCUACCAUGAAGCCAUACCCCCUAGACAGGUGUUCUUUAAGUGCCACUAUGACUACGACCCCGCCAGUGACAACCUGAUUCCCUGUAAGGAAGCAGGCUUACGGUUUGAGAGGGGAGACAUUCUGCAGAUAGUCAACCAGGAUGACAUCAACUGGUGGCAGGCGCGUCAUGUAGAGGGUGGUAGCACAGGACUGAUUCCCAGUCAGGUGCUGGAAGAGAAGAGGAAAGCAUUUGUCAAGACAAAUGUUGAGCUUGCACCAGCAGGAAAUCUUUGUACUGGUGUUGGAGUGAAGAAAAAGAAGAAAAUGAUGUAUGUGACUACUAAAAAUGCAGAGUUUGACAGACAUGAAAUUUUACUCUAUGAGGAGGUGGCCAAGGUCCCUCCUUUUAAGAGGAAAACUCUGAUUUUGAUUGGUGCCCAGGGUGUUGGGCGGCGGAGACUAAAGAACAUGCUUCUUCUUCGGGAUCCUUUACUCUUUGGCACCACUAUUCCGUACACUUCCAGAAAGCCAAAGAAGGGAGAUCGCGAGAGUCGGAUGUAUGCCUUCACCACCCGCAGCAAGAUGGAGACUGAUAUUAAGAAUGGAUGCUAUCUUGAACAUGGAGAGUAUGAUGGUAACCUGUAUGGAAUCAAGAUCGACUCCAUACAUGAAGUGGUGGAGGCGGGACGUAUCUGCAUACUAGAUGCCAACCCUCAGUCCCUUAAAGUGCUGAGGACCUCAGAGUUUUUGCCCUAUGUGGUGUUCCUUCAGUCUCCUGACUUCGAGGUGCUCAAGGCAAUGAACCAGUCAGCUGCAGAGGCAGGGGUGGUUACAAAGACCCUAACGGAUGAGGAGCUGCAGAGGACUUGCAAUGAGAGUGCCAAACUCCAAGCAGCCUACGGUCACUACUUUGACCUCAGCAUCAUCAAUGACAACCUAGAUGAGACCUACCGCACAGUCAAGGCAGCUUUGGAAACGGUUUCCAAAAACCCCCAGUGGGUCCCUGUCACCUGGGUUUUCUAGAGUGCACCUGUGGUGCAAAGACAAGGCUUCAAAAGAAGGAAGAGCAAGGCACUGAAAAUAAACUGCUGACUAAAGAGUCAAUGAUUUAUUUAUGAUGUUAUUUACAAGUUUCACACAUUAGAAAGUUUGAUCUUAUCUAAUUAAAUAGUAGUAGUGGUUUAAUUGGCAGCACAAACAGUUUCUGUUUGUUCAUAAGCUAAAGGAGCCAUUCAGGACAUUUUGUGUGAAGGAGGCAUAAUAUUUUUUAAACAGGAAUAUGUUUUUUUGCAGGGGAGGAAAGAAUGAAGGGGUAGUCAGGAACAAAAGUGAAGAAGAAACUGAGAUGAGAAAUUAAGUCAUAAGUGUCAGAAAUCAACAGAUUCUAUCCAUGUAAAUACUGAGUUGGUGUUUGUAUGUGUGUGGGUAUGUGUGUGUGAGGGUGUCUCGUUUUGCAAGGAUUAAGGAUUUAAGAGAAGACAUUUUUGUAUUUUUUUAAAUUAUCUGUGCCAUUACUGAUUAUCAUCAGCAGAUCUAGUCAUUGUUUACAUAUCACGAUCAGAGAAAUCUGUACUGAUAGUUAAAACUCAUCUGCAAGUAACGAGGGCUUGCAUUAAUUUGUAAAACUUGAUCGUUGUCUAAACUUUAUAAAAACCAGUCGAAUAAAAAAAUGGACUACUGUGAAUCAGAUCAAAAAUCUCUAACAUAACUUAAUUUUUUUGUAUAUUUUCAUGGCAGGCCCAACAGUCUACAACAGUAUACAAUUACAUGAAUGACAAAUUAUUAGCAAUGAUUCAUCUUUUGAUUAACUAAUAGUUAUCCAGCAUGUCCAGAGCCAUAGUUGCUUUGAAAAGUAAUAUUACCCACAACUUUUUGUUGUGACCAAGUUGUUUUUUUUUAAAGAAUCUUACAGUAUUAUGUAAUCAGGCAUCAACAAUGAAAGCAAACCUUACUGUCAAUCUUUUUUUACCAUAUGCAUAGCUUCUUUCUAGUCACAUAUUCCAGAAAAAAAUAAGUUGAUUAUGUGAGCAUCACUAAAUUAAUUUGGAGAAAAAUUACUGUAUUUGUUCAAUUUAAGUAAAAAACAAGAUAUAUUGCAUUAUCAGCUAUUUUUCUAUAUUGUGCUGUGUCAAUACAAAAACUCAAAGGCUUUCCAAAGUCACCAAAACAUAUGUACCACCAUUAAAAAUAAGUACGCAUUACACCAUAUUUAAUCUUGUCUUAGUUAGCUUUCCAUUUUAAUCAUAGCAGGAAAAAGCAUCCGCCCAAUUCUAAUUAGAAUCUGUCACCCCAAAAAUAAAAAAACAAAGAUCAAAGAAACAAACGGAUGUUGUUUGUUUUUUGUUUAAUUUAGUUUCAGCAUACUACAGAGUGUACAGUAUAAUGAUAGGUCCCAGUCUCUAUGCAAAGAAUUUCGCCUCACAUUUUUUUCCCAUGGGACAGUAUUGGUUGAGGGAACAGACUUUUACAAGCAUAGAUAACUUCACCUCAAAUGUACUUUUUUCUUGAUUCAUUAUUAUCAGAAUUUUGAAAAAAAACAAAAAACAAUGGCACAUUGACACAAAACUGCUUAUUGAUUGCAGCGUAGCUGAAACUGAUGUUAUUAACAAGAAUAGAAUAUCAAAGACAAAAUCAGGGACAUCGUUUUACAAAAAGGUCAGUUUCAUAUAAUAGAUCCUGAAUAUGGCCAGUAUUAUCAAGAUUUAAAGAGCCGCACAAGACAUAUAGUUAAUAAAGUCAUAAAUCACUCACACGUGAAAAAUUUGUAUUUCAUUGGAAAGGAUUAAUUCUGCGCAAUACUGUAACUUUCAUUUCUUAUUGGCACUUUUACUUUUGUAUUUUUAGUUUAAAAUACACCACGUCUUUUGCAUUCUUAACUUAACUGUAAUAGUGUGUAGAUAGCAUGUAGAUACAUUGUGAUAUAAUAGCUACUGUUUAAGUAAGUUUGAGAUUCUUGCGUAGUGUGACAGUAUGUGAAUUUUCAUACCAGUAUAGGCAUGUAAACAGUAGCUUGGGGAUAAACAGCACAACAACAAAAACUGGCAGACACUGGCCAUAAUUUAAUCACUUUUUCAGAAUUAAACAGCAGUGAAACAUUUAAAAAAAUUUAAAGGGUACAUAUCUUGAAAACCCCAUCUUUUAAUAUUUGUGCAUAUACCUUUGGUUAUCCAGAAUAUCUACAGUGCCAUGAAAAAGUAUUUGCCCCAUUUCUGAUUCCUGAUGUUUUUGCAUAUUUAUCACACUUAAAUGUUUCAUCAAACCAACUUUAAUUUAAUCUCCCCAAGACAACCCAAGUAAAUACAAAAUGCAGUUUCUAAAUGAUGAUUUUAUUUAUUAAGGGAAAAAUAAUCCAAACCUAUCUGGCCCUGUGUGGAAAAGUAAUUGCCCCCCUGAACAUAAUAACUAGUUGUGCCACCCUUGGCAGCAAUAACUGAAAGCAAGCGUUUGCAAUAACUGGGGAUGAGUCUUUCGCAUCACUGUGGAGGAACUUUGGCCCACUCUUCUUCACAGAAUUGUUGUAACUCAGCCAUAUUGGAGGGUUUUCCAGCAUGAACUGCCCGUUUAAAGUCCCACCAC